GUGGCACACCCAGCACAACUAGGCUUCCAAAAUGCAGCCUCCCCUAUUAUAGAAGAGCUUCUUCAUUUUCAUGAUCAUGCACUAAUAAUUGUUUUUCUAAUUAGUGCUCUAGUACUAUAUAUUAUUAGCUUAAUAUUAUCAACAAAACUUACACAUACUAACUCAAUAGAUGCCCAAGAAGUUGAGAUAAUUUGAACCAUCCUUCCUGCAAUUAUUCUUAUCCUAAUUGCUCUUCCGUCCCUCCAAAUUCUCUAUUUAAUAGACGAAAUUAAUAACCCCCAUCUAACUAUUAAAGCUAUUGGCCACCAAUGAUACUGAAGCUAUGAAUAUACUGACUACGAAAGCCUGCUAUUCGACUCCUAUAUAAUCCCAACGUGUGAUCUCAGUCCUGGGGGUUUUCGCCUAUUAGAAGUAGAUCACCGAGUUGUAAUUCCAAUGGAAUCCCCAAUUCGAAUCUUAAUCUCAGCAGAAGACGUUCUACACUCAUGAGCUGUCCCAGCUCUUGGCAUUAAAACAGACGCAGUCCCAGGUCGAUUAAACCAAACCACUUUAAUUACCUCCCACCCCGGACUAUUUUACGGCCAAUGCUCAGAGAUUUGUGGGUCUAAUCACAGCUUCAUGCCCAUUGUUGUAGAGUCAACACCAUUAAAACACUUCGAAGCAUGAUCUAAAACAAUAAUUUCU